GUUGGCAGGAAAAUUCCCAGAGGAACCGGUGUGUUAAACUCAGAUUAUCGAUCAUUUUCCCGAAGAAUGUCCGACCCAGAAAGUUCCAGUUCAUAUUUUGGGUUGGAGGAUCCGCAGUGGCUAUGUAUGGUCACGUUGUUUAUCGCCUCCCUGGUUACUCUUAUACUGUAUUUCGUACAGUAUUUCCAACAUAGACUUAUAGGAAAUAAGCAGGGAGCAGCAGAAGGGGACAAUGCUGCGACAGAGGAGGAGGAAGCCGCCGCUCUGCUGGGAUGGGCGCUGUCACUGAAAAGCUGGAAGAGUCAGUGGAGAAGAGCUUGGUGCAUAGCUUUGAAUGACGAAGCAAGGAAGCGAAAGGGUGCUGUUCUGCUGGCAUUUGAAGAGGAUGGUCUCGAGGCUUCAGAUCUCACGCUUAGCAGGGUCUCCAGCUUUCAGAAGUCUGCCGGCAACAAGGCCGCUUCCUGCUGUGUGGUUGGGGAGAAGCUUCAGUUCUCUCUGAGCACUGCGUCGACAGCCAUGGCUACAGCAGAUCCUUGUAAAUAUACUGUGUGUAUAGCUCCAUUGGAGCUGCAGCUUCAUCUACACAUGCAGGAAGCUGAAGAUAAGGUCAAGGUAAGCUGGGAAGUGUCUCAUCUAGAGGUGGAGGAGCUUCAGGUGAUGCCCGCUUUCACUCAGGACAAUGCAGCCAUGAAGGAGCAGCUGAAGCAGCUUUUGUGUGUGUCGCAUCCCUCUGUGCUGCUGAGCUGCAGACCUGCUCAGGCCUCAGAGGUCAAGGAAAGCCAGAAUAAAGUGGUAUCGCCCCCAAAGCCCCCACGCGCCCAUGAGUGGAAGCUGCUGGUGAAAAACAUCCGAGUCACACUCAACCAGGAGGAAGAUGCUGCAGGCAGCAUUAAUCCUCUGUGUGUGCUGCAGUUAGAUGAUCCUCCUCAGAGGUUCAACACUUCUGUUUCGAAGAACACGACGAGUCCUGCCUGGGACCAGCCGUUUAUUUUUUCCCACGUUGUGCCUCUCGCAGCACGUGUUUCUGUGCAGCUAAAUCAGCUGUUUUCUGUCUCAGAGUCCUUACUUGGUCAGGUGUUGGUGCCUUUUGAUCUUGUGAAGAAGCACCCCAAAGGCCAGCGUACAUUUGAACUCAUCACCAAAGAUGUAGUGACCGGAUCACUGACUACUGACUUUACCUACCUGGAGCCGAGCGAGGUGAGGUCUUGGCAACCUCCUACGCCAGCCUCUAAUAAGAGGGUGGAGAUGGACCGCACGGUCAUGCCCUGUGGCACGGUGGUUACCACGAUCACAGCGGUGAAGAGCAAGCCGGGUCGACCACUCCCACUCAAUAUAGAUCCUGCCCAGAAGGCCGUGGUCAACAAGCCCAAGCUGGGGGAGCGCCGCGUCUCAGAGCAGGUGUCUAUGCUCGGGGGCACUGUGAGCAAGGCCCUGUCCUCCUCCGACACUGAGCUGCUGAUGCUCAAUGGGACAGACCCUGUGGCCGAAGCCGCCAUAAGACAACUCCACCAGUCUGCUAAACAGAAGCUCAAGUCCCCGGUGAAGAAGAGUACCAUCAUCAUCUCGGGCAUCGCCAAAACGCCUCUGUCUCAGGAUGAUGAGCUGGCUAUGAUGGCGGGUUACGCUGCAGCGAUGGACGCAUCAAUGUCAGAGAGCAGCUCUACUCAGGAUGUGACCACAGCGAUCGCAUCGGGGACUAGUACCCCUCCAGAGAUGUUGGAGCCCAUGGAAGGUCCCAGAGUUGAAGGGCGGCCUCCGGACGACUGGGAGAGCCAAACUGGCGAGGAACAAGACAAUGCUUCACUGUCCAUGUGUGUGUCUGAGGCGAGCUGCAAGAAGACCAGAGGCAGCUUCCUGCAGAAGAGUGCCAAGCUCUUCUUCCGACGCCGUCACCAGCGCAAAGACCCGGGGAUGAGCCAGUCACACAAUGACCUGGUUUACCUGGAGUCUCCGGCCGCAGUGGAGCGAGCGAGCCGAACAGCCACGCUCAGCCGCAUGCUCAACCGCAAGAGUAAGAGUAAGAGUAAAGCCAACGGCUCUACCUCUGUGGGGGAGCCACAUGCGUGACCCCCCCAAUGUCCCUCGCUCACCUUGACCUCAGUCCCUACCACUUCAACUACCAUCAUCACCUCCACCUCAAAUUGCACUGGCAAACAUCUUGGCUAACCUACUCCCCUGCAUACUGGGGCUGCUGCGUUGUGGAUGGGAAACAAAAAAAAGUGAUAUUUUAAGGCUUCGAAUAAGACGCCACCAACAGCAAGCGUGUGCAUGUGUGGAUCCUGCCCUGGAUUGAUUUCAGAGAUUAGUCCUUUUUAUUUGAUUUUAUGCAACAUUUCAAAAUCUUUAAGUGCUUUUACGGCUGUUAUGGACAGAAGGGACCGCCGUGGGCCAUCACUCUUUACCUCACUGAAAGCUGAGGGCGGAUUCAAAACUCUCCCUGCUGUAAACCGUAAGUUGCCUACGGUGACUCAACAGGACCAAAGACGAAGAGCCGAGUGGUGUUUGUAUGAUUUGCACAGUUUUUAGUACCUUUUAAAUUAAAGUGCAAUGACAGGAGCAACUCUUGUGCAAGAGACUGUAGUUCAUUCACAAAGGGAGACGAUUGUUUCGCUGCGAGGCUGCUGUACGUGGGAGCAGCACGACUACUUGUUGACACUAAUAUGAAAUCGUUUAUUACUCGAUGAUAUUCCCAAAUAAAGCUAGAUCCAGCGUGUUCAUGACAUGUUUAAGGCUAAAAAUUUCUGCCUUGGUUGUCAAUUUCAAAAAAGAAGCAGGGUGUUUUCAAAUCAUAUGCAACCGUCUCCUGUUGUACACCACUGCUCUCAGCAGAGUUGUUGUCGUGUCGAAAGGGAACUGAAGCUUUAUCCAGGGACCGCAGCGAGACACACUUGUGCUAAUAAAACGGAUCCUUCCUUACAUUUCAAUAGCAUGAACUGCUCUGUCAUUUUACGUGUUUCUAAAAGAUGUGCACAUGAACAAAAGAAAAGUGUGAACACCUACGAGAGCAACCAGGUGGCUGCUGCUUUUUUAUUUUAAAUCCAGCUAAUGAUUGUAUUUUUGUCCUCCUGUGAGCAGCUUGUUUCUGUACAUCAUGUUAACUACUGUUUGUUAUUCUGCUCAGAGAGCUGAAUGGUUGCCUUACAGUUAUUCUGUGAAUGAUGUCCCAGCUGCUCGAGUCUUGUUCCUCAGCUUGACAUGACUUUGGCUCCUGACGCUGCAGCCGCUGUCAGACAAGCGGGCCUGAGCGACUGUGGUGACCUGUUGGAUUGGCUCUGAUCAGGCAAGCAUACCACUGUGUUUCUGCAUCAUCAGCAGUUUCUAUAAUCAAUAAGCCUAUGCACUUAACAUAUCUGUUGACUGGGUUGUUUACAAUAUUCGACUACCUGAGAUAUUAAAACACUCUUGCUCUUCACAGUAACUCUCUUCUGCAGAUCCUGCGUUGGGUGUCUUUGUAUUCAUAAUUACAUGAUCUGCUUUAAUCCACCGUCACUGACUGUUGUCUGUUUAAAAACAAAUAAAAGAGAAAAUCAUAGAAAGAAAAGGCCGAGAAAAUAAUCAUUCAGACAGAAGCACCUUCCAACUCUGAGGAGAGGAAUAGAGGGAAACGGAUUGUUUUAAACCGAGCUCAGCUUCUUGCAGCCUGCGAGCAUUAACUGCUGUCGUGCAGUGAGCAGUGGGGCUGUAGGAGAUUAAUGAUUUGCUUCCUGAUGUUUUUUUGUCUUUCUGCUCUGUGUGCGCAGAAAGUGGCUGAUUAACUGUUGCUGCAAAGCGUCAGUCACUUCCUUGCAGGGACUGUAACUACUAUACAUACUGAGUUAAGCAAUAAAUAUUGAUUGAAUAACUAAGACUGUGGUGAUGUCGAUGUUCUGACCCGUUCAUCUGAUUUGCUGUUUAACUUCCUUUUAGUGAAAUUAGUCUCACGGGAUGGAAACCUGUACUUACU